GUCAAUUGACUGCGAAACACGAUUAAAUGCUGCGAUGUUAUUUGUUGGUCGAACUAAUAAGUUGCAUCUCCUUGUCAGUAUGCAUCUGUACUGUUUUCCUCAACAUGACCUCGUUCUAUUCUACUGAACUUUAUGUGACUGCUAACCAAAGAGCACUUGCCGAAGAACAAAAACCUCUCCCCAAGGCCCUUCGUCGCACGUCCCUCUUGACAAGAGUACUCUGUUUUGUGGCGCUCGGACGCCCAAAUCUUGAAGAUCAUUGGAAGUCGCUGCAAUCAGAGCAAGCGUUUGAAACCGUUAUGAGCAGGUCAUGCUCUAUCCUGGCCAGCACUAUCACCACAGCAAGCGUCCUCCUCGCUACAGGUGGUGUUUUCGUUAGUACGAGCUCUCCUGUGCCAUACUUCGACUACACAUCACCCGUUCCCUAUUGUCUGCUCUUCAUAUCGCUCAUGCUCGCUACGAUUGCGAUGUUGACAUCCGGCUCAAGUAUGAUAUGCUGGCUACACACCGAUCGACACUGGACUCAAGAACAAAUUAAGCCAGGCGGCUACUUCGUCCUGUCGUACCUGUUGUCGAUAGUCACCCCCAUAUUUUUCGUCGCCUGGUCCUUACAUUGUUUCAUAUUUGCGAUGCUGAUAGCAGGCUUUUGUUCCCAAAGCACGAUCUACCGCGUAGUCACUGCACUCUGGCUUGUUACGUACGUCGUCAAUACUGGAACGAUAUUGAUGCAAUCUAUGUGGAAGUAUACGGCUCAAUCACGCUAGAUAUCACCAGUAAUUUACACCUUCCACUUUGCUCCUUCUUCUUGUUUUACCAGUGGUUCGUUUAUGUUAAAUAUAACCUCCCUGAUGUGGCACACUCAUGUGCCAAAAAUGUAGAUGAGUAUAUAGCCUGUGGCUUUUUUCAGUUUUAUCAUAUUUCCACAAUGCCUUGCGCCGUAUCGAAUCA